GUGAGGGAGUAUGUGUGCCGCUGAGUCUGUGUGCAGUGGGUGUGGGUGUUUGUCUCCCUGUAUCCGCCUUCUCGCCUGUCCUGGACUUUUAGCCUUCCUGGGCUCGCCUUGCUCAUGUCCUGCCUCUUCUCUUUUGGGGCUUGAAUUGGGUGCCCUCGUGGAGGAGGGGGACACGCUCCAGAACCUAGUCCAACCCUGGGCGCUGCCUGAGGCUUCCCUCCAGCUCCCCCUCCCUUCCUUUCCUCCCUUUUCUUCCUCCCUCCCUCUUUUCCUCCCUCCCUCCCCCCCAGGCUGGCGUGCCAGGGGGUGGGACAUGCCAAUCACUGGCUGUGCCUCUCCCGCUGCCAGCACAGGGCGCAGCUCCCCCCGGGAGCCAGGUGUUUGGGUCCCUGGAGACGCCGCCAGCCCCCGGGGAGGCAGUGGGGCUGAGGACCCUACAGACCCCUCUCCAGCCCCAUGGGCACCCUGAAUCCCAUCACCCCCAUCCGCCUUCAGCCCCUACAAGAUGGACUGAAGCAGGCUGCUGGCCAGAUGGACAAGCUGGAUACCAAGGUGAUGACCUUCCUCUGAGGAAGCUCUGUAGCGUGACUAGAGGACGGGGCUGCCCCCCCGCCCCCACCUGGCCACCAUGAAGACCUCGGCCUCACCUGCCGUCAGCCCCAACAUCACUGACCUGGCACCGGGAAAGGGACCCUGGCAGGUGGCCUUCAUUGGGAUCACCACGGGCCUCCUGUCACUGGCAACAGUGACAGGCAACCUGCUGGUACUCAUCUCCUUCAAAGUCAACACAGAGCUCAAAACAGUCAAUAACUACUUACUGCUGAGCCUGGCCUGCGCUGACCUCAUCAUUGGCACUUUCUCCAUGAACCUCUACACCACAUACCUGCUCAUGGGUCACUGGGCUUUGGGCACACUGGCCUGUGACCUCUGGCUGGCCCUGGACUAUGUGGCCAGCAAUGCCUCAGUCAUGAAUCUGCUGCUCAUCAGCUUUGACCGCUACUUCUCCGUGACCCGGCCCCUGAGCUACCGCGCCAAGCGCACACCUCGCCGGGCAGCUCUGAUGAUCGGUCUGGCAUGGCUGGUUUCCUUCAUCUUGUGGGCCCCGGCCAUUCUCUUCUGGCAGUAUCUGGUAGGGGAGCGGACGGUGCUGGCCGGGCAGUGCUACAUCCAGUUCCUCUCUCAGCCCAUCAUCACCUUUGGCACAGCCAUGGCCGCCUUCUACCUCCCUGUCACAGUUAUGUGCACUCUCUACUGGCGCAUCUAUCGGGAGACAGAGAACAGAGCACGGGAACUAGCAGCCCUACAGGGCUCCGAGACACCAGGCAAAGGGGGUGGCAGCAGCAGCAGCUCAGAGCGGUCCCAGCCUGGGGCUGAGGGCUCACCAGAGACGCCUCCUGGCCGCUGCUGUCGCUGUUGCAGGGCCCCCAGGCUGCUUCAGGCCUACAGCUGGAAGGAGGAAGAGGAAGAGGAUGAAGGCUCCAUGGAGUCCCUCACAUCCUCAGAGGGCGAGGAGCCCGGCUCUGAAGUGGUGAUCAAGAUGCCCAUGGUGGACCCCGAGGCACAGGCCCCCACCAAGCAGCCCCCUCGGAGCUCCCCAAAUACAGUCAAGAGGCCCACCCGGAAAGGGCGUGAUCGAACCGGCAAGAGCCAGAAGCCCCGUGGGAAGGAGCAGCUGGCCAAGAGGAAGACCUUCUCAUUGGUCAAAGAGAAGAAGGCUGCCCGGACCCUGAGUGCCAUCCUCCUGGCCUUCAUCCUCACCUGGACACCGUACAACAUCAUGGUGCUGGUGUCCACCUUCUGCAAGGACUGUGUUCCCGAAACCCUGUGGGAGCUGGGCUACUGGCUGUGCUAUGUCAACAGCACCAUCAACCCCAUGUGCUAUGCACUCUGCAACAAAGCCUUCCGGGACACCUUCCGCCUGCUGCUUCUCUGCCGCUGGGACAAGCGACGCUGGCGCAAGAUCCCCAAGCGCCCUGGCUCUGUGCACCGCACCCCCUCUCGCCAAUGCUGAUGGCCCCCUCUACAGCAUCCCUCCAUCCCAAUUCCCAGGAGAGGCCAGUGGAAAGCAGGCAGGGGCUGUGUCCUCAGCCCCAGAGACCUGCUCAGGCCUCACCCGGUCUCCUAGGCCCCUGGGUCACCUUCCUGGACAGCCCAGAGAGACCCUGCCAACUUUCCAAACUUUGCUAUUCCCAGGCAGGGAGCAAAACCUGGGGAACUGGUUUUUCUGUUCCCUGCUGGGUGGGAAUGGGCUCUUCACCAGGAAGAAGGCCCGGGAGGAGGAUCCGGGCUCUGGACUCCUUGUUUGCAGUUAGGCAGGAAGUAAGGAGCCAGCAGGGCGGGCCAAGAGAAAGAAGGCUUGACAUUAUAGUCUUCCUUGGCCUGGUGGCAGGCCUGGAUCAUGGUGGAAGAUGGCACCCCCUGGGGGCUAUGGCCAGGAACUAACACCAACCACUGAGAAAGAAAGCUUGGGUCAGAGGAGCCGGGAAAUCCUGACUGGGAAUGUCUUCUCUCCAUAGUCACAGCCUGCCAAGCUGGGCCUAGGCACACUCUCCAGGAUUUUCCAGCCUCCCUACAAAUGUCUCAGAACUUCCCUCUGUGUGUCACCUCCAAGGCAAUGUCCUAGCAUCAGCCGAAUGACAACAGAGGAGACCAUCUUGGCUAGUCACACAUCAAGUCCCAAGGCAGCAGCAGGACCAGGCCCCAGUGUCCUGACUGUCCCACUACGUCAUUUCCCUGGGAGUGAGGGACAGGGGUGCCUGCUAUCCAGCCCCACGCCCACAUCCCCUGCCCCAGAGAAACCUCAGUCCAUCCCUCCUGGCUCACAGCCACCACCUGGAUGGAUCUGCUCCGUGCAGAUCUAGCCAGGCCUCCUGCAUGCUGCCUGCCUCCGGCCCUGCCCCACACAGGUCUGGCCCAGCCAGCAGGUUCUCUCCUGUGAGCUCCCCAGUCCAACCAACCCAUGCAUGGCCUCCCAGCCACCUUAUCUCUAGGCCCAACUUGGUCCCAGAUGUUUUUCCCUUCCAUCCUCAGCAAGUGCUGAGUCUAUGAAUAAAGCCACAAAAUCAG